AUGAGACAUUGGCCUUUUGGCCAGAACGGAUGCGCUUAUCACGGCUUCCAGGGCAUGAUCGCCGUCCUGGCAUCCAUCAGCUUCAUGGCAGCCAUCGCGUGGGACCGAUAUCACCAGUACUGCACCAGACAAAAGCUCUUCUGGAGUACAGCAAUGGUUAUGAGUGCCAUCAUCUGGGUCCUGUCCAUCUUCUGGGCCACCGUCCCGCUCAUGGGCUGGGGCGUGUACGACUUUGAACCCAUGAGGACCUGCUGCACGCUGGACUACACCAGAGGAGACCGGGACUUUGUCACCUUCAUGCUUACCCUAGUGUUGCUCUACUUGACCUUCCCGGCGCUCACCAUGCUGUCGUGCUACAGCUCCAUUAACAAACACUUCAAGAAAAUCCAUCACCACCGGUUCAACACCAGUUUGCCGUUGAGGGUGAUGCUAAUGUGCUGGGGCCCUUACGUCCUCAUGUGCAUUUACGCUUGCUUCCAAAACGUCAACGUCAUAUCGCCAAAGCUACGAAUGGUGCUUCCGGUGGUGGCCAAGACCAACCCCAUCUUCAACGCGCUGCUCUACUCUUUCGGUAACGAGUUCUACCGCGGAGGCGUGUGGUACUUCCUUACCGGGCAGAAGAUAGCCGAGCCAGAUUUGAAGAAGUCCAAGUCCAAAUAG